AAAAGUAUUCAAAAGCCUGGCUUUGUGGGUGGAGAUGAGGUGCCGCUAGGAGCAUAAAUAGGCAUUCCACACCUUCUUUGUUCACACUGAAACUUGGAGCACUGAACCUGUUCUUCCAAGGAGGAGGAGGGCAGAGAAGCUUUAGCCAUGGAGAAGAGCUUAGUAUCUGUGCUUCUUUUGAUCGUUGCUGUCGCACAUACCUUGGCUAAAGACUCUACAACAAAAGAUGGAAAAAGGGACACAAAAGAAGCCAGAGACACCAAAAUAAAACUGCCCCAGACUCUCUCCAGAGGCUGGGGUGAUUAUCUUAUCUGGACUCAGACGUAUGAAGAAGCUCUCUUCAAAGCUAGGACAAGCAACAAACCUAUAAUGAUCAUCCACCACUUGGAAGAUUGUCCUCAUAGUCAAGCACUGAAGAAAGUAUUUUCUGAACACAAAGAAAUACAGAAGUUGGCUGAGAAAUUUGUUCUCCUCAAUCUUGUUUAUGAAACCACAGACAAACAUCUCUCCCCUGAUGGCCAGUAUGUUCCCAGAAUCCUGUUUGUAGAUCCUUCGCUGACAGUUAGAGCAGAUAUUACUGGAAGAUAUUCCAAUCGCCUCUAUGCUUAUGAACCUGCAGAUAUUGCAUUGUUGUACUCAAACAUGCAGAAAGCACUGACGCUGGUGAAGACUGAAUUGUGAAGAAAGAAAAUGGACCAGCAAACAUAUCGCCUCAUUCUA